AUGUACAAGCCGAUGUAGCUCAGUUACUAAAUCAAGCUCACACUGCUCAACGUAGAAAACCCCCGCGAGGGAGUCUAGUUAUGAAAGAAAACAGAAUUUUCAUUGGCCCACAACAACACAAUUCGACAUCUGAUUGGAUAAUAUUUUUUCCUUCUUUUCUCCUUCGUAGGCAAAACCAUCAUGUUUGGUUGAUGAGCAAAAAAAGUUGAUGUCAACCUGAAAGAAGCCCGAGAAACUCCUCCCGUCUCGAAAUUAUGAGUGACCAACAGGAUGAAAUGGCCGCGAUGGUGGAAAGCGGUGGAGGCUUCCUUCAAAAGCGAAACACAAAUACCGGACAAGACUCCCAGCAGCCCUCUCCUUUAGCUCUGUUGGCAGCGACCUGUAGUAGAAUCGACACCCCGGGCGAGAGUGACUCUGGCUCCGAACAACAGUUAGACCUAAGCCAAGCCCAGCUGACCCAGACAGCCAAUGGGAGCUGGCAGAUCAUCCCGGUCAGUCUCGGUAGCUCCAGUGGUUCCAACACCAUCACUACUGACACCACUGGCAUGGUCAUGACCGCGGGCGACUCGGGGAAGAACAGGGGGCAGCAGGUGUUGACGUCGGUCUCCAGUGGGCACCAGGGACAGCAGCAGUAUGUGCUGUCCUCAGCUCCUUCUCUACAGGGCCAGCAGGUCCUCACCAUGUCUGGGGGCCAGGUUGUGUCCAUGCCAAACAUCCAUUACCAGGUGAUCCCUCAGUUCCAGACGGUGGAUGGCCAGCAUCUACAGUUUGCCCAGGCAGGGGUGCAGCAGGACCCUAAUGCAGCUGGGGCCGGACAGUUCCAGCUAGUCUCCUCGCCUAACGGGGGUCAGCAGCUGGUUAGAGCAGGGAGUGGAGGAAAUAUCCUAACCAUGCCCGCCGGGCUCCUACAGCAAGCCAUCCCACUACAGAACCUAGGUCUGGGUAACAGCGUCCUGCAGAACAACCAGGGCCAGUUCCAGUUGGCUAAUAUGCCUGGGCUCCUAAAUGGCAAUAUCACCCUCCUUCCGGUCAGUGCAGCUAGUGGCUCUGAAGGAGACGGAGGCUCUAACCAGCAGCUGAUGCAGCAGGUAGUGUCAACCUCUGGCACGUACUACACCAACUCAACCACCACCACCACUCAGACAGGCACCUCGUAUGGAGGCAUGACACAGCAGACUCAGAGCACCAACGGCUUCCAGAACUCUGGUGGCGGGAUCCCCAUUCAGCCAGAUAACAGAGAUCAGCUGCAGCAGAUCCUCAUUCAACCCCAGCAGCUCAUCCAAGGAGGGACCUCCCUGCAGACAAUCUCAGCUGGGGGACAGGUGUUCGCGACCCCAACGCUUACCCAGGAUGCCCUGCAGAACCUGCAAAUUCAGACCAUCCCCAACACCUCUCCUAUCCUGCUGAGGACCGUCGGGCUCAACGGACAGGUGAGCUGGCAGACCCUCCAGCUGCAGAGCCCAGCGGGGACCCAGAUCACUCUGGCCCCCAUGCAGGGUCUCUCUCAGCUGGGCCAAGCCCAGGGAGGUACCAUGCAACUCCCUGGCCUGCACACCAUCAACCUCAACACACUGCAGAACUCUGGUUUACAGAUGCACCAGCUACAAGGAGUCCCCAUCACCAUCUCUAACACAGCUGGAGACCAGGGUUUGCAGACAGCGGGGGACAGUCUGGAUGACGGCACAGUGAUGGAGGAGGGAGACACAUCCCCUCAGCCUCAGAACCGCCGGACACGCAGGGAAGCAUGCACCUGUCCCUUCUGUAAGGACGGAGAGGCACGAGAUCCCAAUAAGAAGAAGCAGCAUAUCUGUCACAUGCCAGGUUGUGGAAAGGUGUACGGUAAGACAUCUCACCUGAGAGCUCACCUUCGCUGGCACACUGGAGAACGACCCUUCGUCUGCAGCUGGUCCUUCUGUGGGAAGAAAUUCACUCGCUCAGACGAACUGCAACGUCACAAGAGGACGCACACAGGUGAGAAGAAGUUCACAUGUACGGAGUGUCCAAAGCGCUUCAUGCGCAGCGACCACCUCUCCAAACACCUCAAGACCCACCUCAACAAGAAAGGAACAACCGGUGGCGCUGUGGCCUCCGAUAACUCCGCCCCUCAGUCGGGUGGAGGCGGAGCCACAGAUGGCAGAGCCGGGGGUGUGGUCAAUGACCAGCACGCCCUCAUCGCCAUGGAGACACUGUCGCCCGAGGGCAUCGCCCGAUUGGCCAGCAGCGGCAUCAACGUGAUGCAGGUGGCUGACCUGCACUCCAUCAACAGUAAUGGAUAUUGAUUACUGAUUGGUUGAUUGGAUGUGGUGGUCAGGACAGUAGUGGAGCAGCGGACAUUGAUCUAUAAGGGCUAUAUGUGUCUAGAUUUAUUUCCAGUAAAACUAAGGGCUAAUCAUAGGAAGGGAGAGCUCUGUUUAGAUAUUUUUGAGAGCUGAGACAGGAUCCAGGGAGUCCCUGUCCCUUUAGAUACACUGCUAUGGCGUAUUUCCAUGACCUUACCAUUUCAUUGGCUGUGAGUCGGGUGGAGAGGAGUCUAGAUGUUACCUACCUAGACGUGAUCGAUAAUGGAAGGGAAUGAAUGGUACUACUACAGUGGUUAUCAUAGGUUGUCCUAACUUUAGUAACACAUUCACAAAGGCACCUUCUCUGGAACACAAUACAAAAUCCAUCACUUCCAAUCUCUUAUUUGUACAGAAUGCAGAUACACACUACUGCUACUCAGUCCAGUGCUCUGCUCACCUCCCUACUCCCUCCCCAUGGCUAGGAGCCACCCCCCCCUCUCAGGUCUCUUCUUGUCCAACCCCUCUCUGGGUAUAGUACAGUAUACACCAGGGAUAACUUCAGUACUCCACUGUACUAGCUGGUUGAGUGUGUUGGGCCUCGCCUGGUCUCUCACACCUUCUCUCGUCUAGCCCAGUAUCACUUUUGGUUCUUUCUCAUUGGAGGCCAGUGUGGAUGGGGGAGGGGCUUAUCAUUAUUUGGUCACUAGUGACGUCUGGGGCCUGUUCAGGAGGAUGUAACGUUACAACGUUCAGAUGGUAACAUAUGGGAUAGAAUAGGGAAUCAGCUCUGUUCUUUCUAUAUUUGUAUCUGUAGCGUUUGGCACGUUUCAUGUCCCUGAAUACAGCCCAGACCCAGGAGCAUUAAUCAGCAGGGGAUGGAGGACACACUCUGGCACCCUAUCACCUACAUAGGGUCCUGGUCAAAAGUAGUGCACUAAAUAGGGAAUAGGGUGCCAUUUUUGGACACAAAUAUAAAAUCGUCAUGAAAUAUGUCCUUGUUUUUUGCCUUUUUAUAUGAUUAUUAUAUAGGUACACAUUCAAGCCAUCAUGCUUUGAUACGUUUAUCAUAGCAAAAAAAGAAUUUGGGAUAACUCUUUGUAUGUACAUAUGUUUUUUUCCUCUUUUUUUUCUUGUGUAAAGCUACGGAAAUUCUUAGCAUAGGAAGGAUCAACUGAACUUUAUAUGGUUGCAAGAGAUUGCCUUUCUGUUGUGAGUCUCUCAUACACAAUCAAUCUUAAACUUCUAUUAUUAUAAACUUUUAUAUAAAUGUAGAUUUUGUUUAAACUAUUUCAAAAGUGUUCUGUCUAUAGAAUGAACUAUGUAUGUAUUCAAUACAGUCCAGUCCCAGUACAUUAUUUACUUUGGUAUAUUUGUCAAUUUGCUUCAUACUCAAGUACUUUCUCUGAUGCAUUUGGAUAUCAAAUUCUUCCUUGACUACUUUAACCAUUUUUUUUUUUUGUCUCUUAUUUCCAAAUAAUGCAAAAAAUUAAUUUCAGCUAAAACCAAAAAUCCAUAUUCUGUUUAAGAGAACUGGAAUGGAACAUUUCAUCCUCAGUUCCAGACAGUCUGUCAAUAUAACCUGACUCUGGUCUUGGUUGUAUUACAGCUUGGGUUUCUGUAUUAGGGUUGCAAAAUACCAGUAACAUUCCCAGGUUUUAAAGAAAUCUUGGUUGGGAUUCCUGGAUUUUCUGCUUAUGCUUUUCCCUUUCCCAGGAAUUUAACUUUUCUGGGAAAACCACAUUUUACAACCCUACUUCUGUAACAGCACUGGCCUGCAUGUUUUGGAAGAAAGAUGUACGAUUUAUUUCAUAAAGAACAGCGUCAUAGGUUGUCUCAAACAAAGCCAGGGUCUAACAAACUUGAUCAAACGUUAAGAUUGACCUCAUCACUAUUUAAUCCAGUCAGUUUCGGUACUGUGGUCAGUCAGAUGUUGUAUUGCAGAAGACUGACUAGCUGGGAUUCUAAAAGUGCAUCUCAAAUGGCACCCUAUUCCCUAUGUAGUACUAUGGGCCCUGGUUAAUAGUGCACUAAAGGGAACAGGGUGCCAUUUUGGAUACACAUUUGAAGGGUGUUAAGUACUUUACUCCCUAUUGGUAGCUUGAUCAACUACAAGUUGUGGGAAAUGUAUUUUCAGUAUUUGAUUUAUACUCCUAUCCUUGCAAUUUAGUUUUCAGACAAGUGCCCUUAACAUGUUUUUAUUUCAUAUAAAAAAAAAAAAGGGAGUUGGGUUAUUUUUGAAUGUUAUUACUACAAAUGCCAACAGCUGGAUUAAAAAUGAUGAAUACAA